AUGAAGUCCUUCUCCGUCGUCUCCAUCAUCGCCGCCGCGGCUGUUGGCCGUGUCGCUUCCCAGUCCACUGGCGAACUUGGCGAUGCCACCAUCGUCUCCAACCCGGCCGGUGUUGUUUACGAGGCUGUCCUUCCCGAGAAGCCCUUCUACAAGGCCGGCUCGCUUGAGGGCAACGUCCAGGGCUCCAUCGUCGCCGUGACUGCCCCCGAUGGCAAGGGUGUCGAAUUCAAGGUCCGAUUCUCGAACCUUCCCAAGGAGGGCGGUCCUUUCACCUACCACCUCCACGUUGACCCCGUCCCCGAGGAUGGCAACUGCACCAAGACGCUCGCCCAUCUCGAUCCCUUCAUCCGCGGCGAGGCCACCAAAUGCGAUAGCUCCAAGCCCGAGACGUGCCAGGUCGGUGACCUGAGCGGCAAGCACGGCGCCGUCGCCGUCGACUACGAAAAGACCUACGUCGACCCUUACCUCUCCAUCGUCGAGGGCCCCGGCUCCUUCUUCGGUAACCGCAGCUUCGUCUUCCACUUCGCCAACAAGACUCGCAUCAGCUGCGCCAACUUCAAGCUCAUCACCAAGCCCGACACGCACGACAAUUGCUCCACCACUACUGCGGCGACCAUGAGCGGAACCGGCGCCGCCCCUACCGCCACCUCUUCGCCGACAAGCUCCAUCGUGCCUUUCCCCGGUGCCGCCUCUACAAGCGGCGCUUCCAUCUCGCUCAUGAUGGCCGGUUUCGCCGCUGUCUUGUUCGCGCUAUGA